AUGGGCGGCUCUGCCUUUUCCGUCGGCGCCGCGCCCCUGCGCACUCCUCGCAUGCUGCCGAGCCUCUACCACGCGCAGAAGCGGCGCUGCCAAGCGCUCCUGCGCCAAGUCUACGUGCACGUCGACUCGCCCAUUGACGGGCCUGCCAAGAAGGACUUUGGCGACAUUGACUUCCUCGUGUUCCAGCGCCGACCCGGGGCGGCGCCGCCGCCGCCGGCCAUCGAGCACGCCAAGCCCGGAUCGGAGCUGAUGCACGAGAUGGCGACGCUGCUCGGCGCGGUGCGCACCAUUUACAACCCCGGCGAGGUGUCGUCCAAUCUCGCCAUCCCGUGGCCGGCCGGUGCCGAGGACCAAGUGUCCGAGGUGGCGGUCGUCGAGGGGGAGGCUGCUACCGCCGACGAGAAGAAAUACAUUCAGGUGGACAUUCGCAUCUCCCCCAGCCUCGAGGCGCACCGGUGGAUGCUCUUCAAGCACGCCCACGGCGACCUCUGGAACGUCGUCGGCUCGCUCGUGCGGCCGUACGGCCUCACCGUCGACGACAAGGGCAUGUCGGUCCGCAUCCGCGAGAUCGAGGCCGUCAACAAGACGCGCGCCAAGGUGCACCUCACGUCGGACCCGGUCCGCGUGCUCGACUUCCUCGGGCUGCCGCGCACCGGCGCCCACGCGCGCACCUGGCUCGACACGCCGUUUGCGACGCACGACGCGCUGUUCGAGUACGCCGCGCUGUGCCGCGUCAUGUACAUCACGCCGGCCGCCACCGACGCGGCCAACCACGACGAGGGCCACAACCUGCUCAAGGACCUGCGCAGCCUCAAGCACAACGACCGGCAGCGCAUGCGCGCGCGGCCGGCCUUUCGCCGCUGGAUCGACGAGUUUGUGCCGCGGUGCCGCCGCGAGGGCCGCUUCGCGACGCAGCGCACGGGGCGCGCCGAGCUGACCGAGCACGCGCUCGACGCGUUUGGCGUGCGCGACGAGUUUGAGCGCCGCCGCGAGUCGUUUCUGCGCGAGAGGCAGCGCGAGCACAUCUGGAACGGCGUCAUCAAGACGCAGAUACCGCCGCUGGCGCCGGGCACGACGGACCAGCCGGCCAUCACGGCGCGCGCGUGCCUGGUCAAGGGCCUGAAGCGCAUCAUCCUGGAGCGGGAUGCGAGCUACGGCGUCGAGUUUGACGAGGGUCUGCUGGAUGAGCAGGGCUUCUACAAGGAGGACGAGGUGAGGAGCUUCAUCGACAAGCACAAGAGCGCGGUUUUGGCGGUGGCCAUGCAAAGACAGCAGGCGACAUACUUGGCGAGCCUAGAAAAACGCGGCUUGCUCAAGGAAAUGAAGCCGGUCGAGAAGAGCAAGGGAGAGGGAGAAGGGCAAGAUCAGAAAGAGGUAGAGGCAAAAGGAGCCAGUGGGAAGGAGAUAGAGAUACCCAGUUAG